GGAGCGCCCGCGGUAAAAAAAUCCAAGCACACUACGUAGAUCGAUGAAAAGGACAAUAAACACUUUGAAACACCAUUGUAGCGUCAGUCGCGUCUAUCGCUCUGUCCUUCUUUCAAGGUGGCGAUUUAAAAGACCUGUAGACCGAAUUAUCCCAAAAUGGUCUGCGACACGGUGUCCAAGCGACUGGUCCAGAAGCCGGGGCUAUCAAAUGCAAAAAUGUCUGGGUCUGGAAGAUUGCCAGAUUUGUCAUGCAGUUUUUCCAUGACCCAUGAGGUCUGGUAUGUAGGACAUAGCAUGACAGAUCUGCGCGACCUUUCUAAUGCCUCUCCUGCAUGAGAAACUGCCUCUCGAUUAGGUCAAAAGUGCACAACUUUUGGCAAUCAUGCAACACAGUUUUUUGCCUGAUUCAGAUUUAGCAUGACAAGUUGCAAUCAUCCAGACCCAGACAUUUUUACAGUUGAUAGGGGCUGUCUCUGCUCAAGCCCAAAUUUUCCGCGCGCGGAAACAAGGAAGAGAAGAAACUGGACAGAGGCAAGAAAAUCUACUCUGUCCGCGCGGAGAUGCUGGAUCGUGUAGCGAAGAGAGGGGCUGCGGAUCGAAAGUAGCGGUUUUCUUAGAAAGGAAAGUAGUCGACCACUUGCAACUACUACCAACGAGGACGAUGUCGAUGGUGCACAUCUCGUCGCCCACGAUGAAAGUAAUUUCACCUCCUGGCUUUCUCGCGGACCACGCGCUCGGGCGCACGCCUUGUCGUACUUGGGGUCUUUCAGCUGGUGCGGACCAACGAGCAGUUGACAGGAAAUUAUAUAAAUCGAUUCUGUGGAGCAGGUUAUCUACGGCAGGUCAACAACCUUAUACAUUUUUGCGUUUUCGAAUUUUUGUCUGCGGCAAGUUAGUACGUUCCGUCCACCUUCCACAGAAAAUUUUGCCCGGUAAUUGUAUUCGGGAUAUUACAGGAUAAACCUACCAAGAGGACGAACAGCAGAGCUUACUCAUUGACAUUGUCUGGUCGAUAGCUGAGAAGUGGCUAUCAACAAGAAAUGAGGAGGACAAAAAGUAGUAAAGAAU